AUGAUUCUCUUAGGACAGCGCCUUCACCGCUUUCUUCCUCCCGACCCUGAAAUGGACAUUUUUUCCGCUAACAACGGCGGUACCUCCUCUCCGCCAUGGCAGCUUUCGCCUCCCCACGGGUCCCCUCUCACGCUCAAAUCCGCCUGUCGCUACCCUGAACGCACGUGUUUCAAGUGUGCCUCGCCGCUCACAUCCACUCACACAUCCGCGUCGGCAUCCACGUCGACGUCCACGUCGGCGUCCACGUCGGCGCCCACGUCAGCAUCCACGUCGGCACCCACUUCCCCCGUCGCUUACAAACGAGCGUUACCUUCUUCCACCUCGCCGUCAGCCCGCUCGCCUCCCGCUGCCCCAGUCGGCGCGCUCCCCGGCUCUUCCAGCCUUCCGCCUCCGCUCCUCCCAGUCAGCCCGCGGAGCGAACCCCCCUUCCGUCCCGCCUGCCACCUCUCUCUCUCCCCCGUUCGCCUCGCUCCGUUAUCGCCCUCGUUGCGCCCUUGUAACGUGAACUCCCGCUGCCCCUGCGCGAUCGGGAAUGACGGGAGGAGCAGCGGGAGCGACAGCGAGGAGGGAGGAGAGGAAGGAACCUGCGAGAGCUACUGCAGUAGCUGCUGCUUCUGCUGUGCGUGCGCCAGCAGCUGCGGCGCCAAUGGCGGCGAGACAGGUGAUUUCGCCCGGACCGGGGAUUGCAGCGGCUGUAACGGCGACGAAAACGAGCCGUGCAGCCCUCUGCCCGUCUCUUACGGCGGCCGCGGCUCGCUUCGCGCUGACGACGACUACAAAGACGAUGGCGGCGACGGCGAGAAAAACAGCAAUAACAGCAACGACGACGCAGUAGACGUCGACGGGAGUCAUGGGUCCCGCAUAGGGGGCAACGUGAGAGGGAACGUUAGCAACGAGGGGGAUGAGGCGACGAAUCAGCCUAGCACGGAGCAGGUAGCCAUGGGAGGCAGUGGCAGCGCGGUUGGUACGUCUGCUGGCAGGAGCAGUGGGGGUGGUGGUACGUCUGCUCGUAGUAGCGAGUCUGGCGAUCCCUCUACCUCGUCGUCUCGUGCUCGCGGUUGCGAUGAUGCCCCGAACGCAACUACUGUCACCACCACAGCCGCCGCCGCCGCCGCCGCGUCAGCAAGUGCGAGUCCUGCAAGGUUGUCUGGGAAGGAGCACGGAGGUGUGCCAGUUACCAAUGAGUACGGCGGCAGCCAAACCACACCUGGGGGUACAUUCUCUCAUCUUCACCCCUCCUCUUCCUCCGCCGCCUCCCCCUCCUCCCCCUCCUCCUCUGCGUCCACGCCAGCACCCUCUUUCGCCUCCACAUCACCGUUCGCCGCGUUUGUCCCCGUUACAGACGUCUCCAGUAUUCUCUCCGCCCCGCGGGCUCUCCAGCUCUCUAAAUCCGCCAAGAAUCUCGUGGCUGCCGCCUCCGGCCUAGCAGGCGCAAUCAACACGAGUGUGGGCGUCAUCAACACGAGCGCAAUGAGCGAUUUCCUGGCGACAAGUGCGAGUCACAUGGACAGGAUUAUGAGGCGCAGCAGCUCUGCAUCUGCUGUUGCUCCAGUUGUUACUCGCUCGACUGUUUCUGCUCAUGCUCAGCUGGCUGUAUCAGCUGAGGCUGUAACUGGGCAGGUGGGAGCAGGCCAGGCUGUAGCAGGCCAGGCUGUAGCAGGCGUAGCAAGUGGGGCCGAAGGAUCACGUGGAUUAGGUGCAGAUGGCGCUGAUGCUUCUGCUGGUGCUGCUGGUGCAGCAGCACACAGCGCAUGCCAAGGCGAUCAACGGUGUGCAAUCGGCGGGGGAGCAGAUGGGGGGGAAUGUACGGAUAUGACUAGGGUGGGCAAUGGUGCUGGGGUUGCUGGUGGUAAGCGUGAAUUAGAGCAAAAGCGCGAGGCGCUGGAGGGCCUGCAGCAGGAGCAGCAGCAGGAGUGCCAGAGGCAGGAGCGGCAGCAUGAGCAUCGUGUGCGUUGGGAGGAGUGGCAGCAGAUGGCUGUCCGUUUGCAUGAGCAGAUACAACAAAAGAUGCUGACCCCAACAAAGGAGGGGGAGAAGGACAAGCCGAUCGUGGGGGCCACUGGUGGGGGACCAAACAUUCAGAGCGGGUCACUGGAGGGAUUGGCAGUAGCAGCAAGUGGCUGUGUCGCAGAUGGUGUUGCAGAUACGCACACAGGCCCUCCUGUUGCUGCUGCCUCAACUGCGCCUGGAGAGUGCACUUUAGAGGAAGGGCAUGUUUCAGCAGUUCCGAACAACUCGGGCUUGGAGACUUUGGGCUGUGAUGAGUCAGGAGCGGUCCUGGGGGAUGGCCGAACAGGUGUUGCUGAAGCUGGGGGUGGAGAUGGGGGUAGCAGCAGCCGGGUCGGAUGGGAAGUGGCUGGAUGGUUUCGUCAGGCGGAAGGCAGGCCCUCGGCACGGAUCGGCGGUGGCACGCGCGGAGCAAAGAGGCGGUCCAUGCAGGCUGCAACAUGCUUGCCAUCGCAGCUUGAAGGGUUCACUUCGUCCAAGAUCCUCAAAAGAGGACUCCGCCUCCACUGGAAGCCCGCCGUCGGCAACAAGAUCGAGCUCGCCGUCGAGGCGCGCGUGGGAAGCGGCGCCGCCAAGGGCUGGAUCGCGGUAGGCUUCAAGCCAGGUAUCGACGCGGCCACCGCCGACGCGGUGAUUGGGCAAACCAGCACAGCUCCCGUGGCGGCAUACACUAUCUCACCCGACGGUCAGGUCAUGCUGACAAACACCUUCUCUAUCGGGGAUGCGACUCUGGAGCGGUCGCGCCUGCGCGCUGUUAUCCGCUUCACGCGGAAUAACGGCGACGGGGCUGUGCACGUGAAGGUCCGUGGGCAGAACACAAUCAUAUGGGCGUACGACAUCGACGGCGAGAAGGCGAUAAACUACCAGAACCGUCGAUCGGGCUCGGUCGUGGUAAACUUCGGCUGCGUGGGAGGCGCGUCUGCGGUCGAGAAUCCCCUGAACCCCAUUCCGGGCAGCAAUAGCGGGAUGGCCACUACCACUGUUCCUGCCGCGCCCGCCUCGCCCGCCGUGCCCGCCAUUGGCUACUGCCCCAAGUCCAGCCUUGCCGGAUACGCCUACUCUGCCAAUCUCGACGGCGGCAGCUUUGUGCUGCACUGGAAGCCUGUGCAGGGGCAGGCGAUUCAGAUGGCUAUGGAGGCCACGGCUGGCAGCAGCGCGUCUAACGGCUGGUUCGGCAUCGGGUGGUCGCGCGACGGGUCCAUGUCGCCGAGCUACUCGGUGAUCAAGAGCGGCUCGUCCCUGGCCGCGUACUACAUCAACGGCUACAAGCGCAAGAACGUGGCGCCCACGAACGAGAUUUCGCUCGGCACGCCGUCGCUCUCUCGCUCUGCUGCGGGUUCCCUCAUUGCGCAGUUCACUCUGAGGGGAGGGGAGGGCAAGAUUCCGCUCAAGCCAUCCGGGCUGAACUACAUCAUCUGGGCGUACAGCACGGGCAACCAGGGCAUCGGCUUCCACGGCUCCAACGUGUACGUCUCGCGCUGCCCCCACUUAUCUGGUCUCUGCUUUUGGGCAACGCUUCUUGGAAGUUUUGCAAUGUUUCUUGGUGCUGUGAGGAGGAUAUUGGGCUGA